UGCACGUCUUAACCUUCAAAGCGUUUAAAAGCUUCAUAUGAUAUAUUUUUGAAGACGAUGGUUUUUGUCAGUUAAAAUAUUUUUCAACAGUCUUAUCAGUUUUAAUAUUGUUAUUUCUUGUCGAUUAUAAAUAAAAACUUAGAAAAAAUGAAAUUUAGUACAGAAUGUGUAGCUCGUUGUUCUGCGCGUAUUGGUACAUUAUCAGAGAUUGAAAGGCUACCAAAUUUGUGUUUUGAGACACCAAUGCUUCUUUUGUAUACGAAGAGAGGUAGUGUUCCACAUUUAACAAAGGAUGUUUUUAAAAUGUUAACUACUGAUCAACAAUUUUUAAUGACAUCACUUCCCACCACUGUAUCUAUGACAGAUUUUGUCAAACAGUUUGAGUCCUUCAAUGAGUAUGUUAGCAUGCAGGAGUAUCCAUUUUUCUUGACAAUUCAAGAUCCAUCAGAGUACACCAAACCAGGUCAUCAAAAGAAAUCAUUUGUCACUGUUUGGUCAAGAAACGGUAGAUUUUCUGUUGGUGUUGACAGGUAUAUCGAAAUAGCAGAAAUUUUUAAACCUGACAUGUACGUAACUUUGUGUGAUGGUGACACAGAUAAAAACAGUAGUCAAAAGAGAUUAUCUAAAGGAUUAGAAAGGAGCAAAGAUCAAUUUGAAAAGUGUCUUAAACGACAUCAAGAGUCCAAUAUUUUGAAAAAUAAAGGUUUUUUAGGGGCUAUUGAAGGUGGUUACAAUUUGCAAGCUAGAGAAAAAUCUAUUAAAUAUAUGGAAAAUGCUCCUGUUCUGGGAUAUCUGAUUGAUGGUUUGCAUAGAAAUGGACCAGACACACAAAACAUUAGUAUAGAUGACAUUAGACCUAUAAUUGAACAUUCCCUUAAUUUAUUACCCGUUGAUAAAUUGAGAGUAAUGAUAGGUUGCUGGAGUCCAUCUGUAGUUUUAGAUUUAAUCCACCUAGGUAUUGAUUUGUUUGAUUCAUCCUAUCCAUAUGUGAUGACAGAAGAAAUGAAAGCAUUAACUUUUUUAUAUGACGAUUAUGAAAAUGAUUUUAUAAGUCUCAGUGACAAGAGGUACGCUGAGGAUUUUGAGCCUAUUUGUAAAAAUUGUACAUGUCUGACAUGUAAAAAUCAUCACAAAGCUUACAUACACCACCUCAUUCAAACCAAAGAGUUACUUUCUCAUGUUUUGUUAAUGAUACACAACACUCAUCUAUACACGAAAUUUUUCAAAAAUAUUCGUGUUCACAUAAAAAACGGAACAUUCUGUCAGUUUCGAGAUAAAAUUAAAUCUAAAUGUUUGUUGAAUGUAGAAAAUUCUUGAUUCAUAUAAAAAUGAUUUAUAAA